UCUGCUGCCCUUCUCUCUCCUGAGAGUUGCCUGGCAUCUUCGGCGAGGAGUUUGGAGCGCCCCAUCGCAGAGACCACGCCGGCUGAGAGCGAGCCACGCAGGUGCCAUCUCUGCCUUCCAUCUGGGUUGGAUCCCGGCAUCGAGGUGUACUUCUCUGAAGUAAGAUGACGUGUCAAAAAUUUUUUGUGGCUUUGUUACACUGGGCAGAAUUUAUUUAUGUGAUAACAGCGUUUAACUUCUCAUAUCCAAUUACUCCCUGGAGAUUUAAGUUGUUUUGCAUGCCACCAAAUACAACCCAGGACGUUGUCUUGCCUUCUGGAAUCUCAAAGAAUACUUCAGAUUUGAAUGGACAAUAUGAGGCAGCUGUUGAAGCUAAAUUUAAUUCAAGUGGUACCUACUUUUCUAACUUCUCAUCCAAACCAACUGUCCACUGUUGCUUUUGGAGUGAGGAAGAUAAAAACUGCUCUGUACAUGCAGACAACAUUGAAGGGAAGGAAUUUGUUUCAACAGUAAACUCUGUAGUUUUUCAACAAAUAGGCGCAAACUGGAACAUACAGUGCUGGAUGAAAGAGGACUUGAAAUUAUUCAUCUGUUAUAUGGAGUCAUUAUUUAAGAAUUCUGUCAAGAAUUAUGACCUUAAGGUCCAUCUUUUAUAUGUUCUGCCAGAAGUGUUAGAAGAGUCACCCCUGCUCCCCCAGAAAGGCAGUUUUCAGCUUGUUCAGUGCAACUGCAGUGUUCAUGAGUGUUAUGAAUGUCGUGUGCCAGUGCCAACAGCCAAACUCAACUACACUCUUUUCAUGUAUUUGAAAAUUACAUCUGCUGGAGUCGUUUUUCAGUCACCUCUAAUGUCAGUUCAGCCUAUAAAUAUCGUGAAACCUGAUCCACCACUAGAUUUGCGUAUGGAAAUCACAGAUAGUGGUCAUUUAAAGAUUUCUUGGUCCAGCCCAACAUUGCUACCAUUUCAGCUUCAAUAUCAAGUGAAAUAUUCAGAGAAUUCUACAACAAAUAUGAGAGAAACUGAUGAGAUUGUUUCAGCUACAUCUCUGCUAGUAGGCAGUGUGCUUCCUGGGUCUUCGUAUGAGGUUCAAGUGAGGGGUAAGAGAUUGGAUGGCCCUGGCGUCUGGAGUGACUGGAGUAGUCCUCUGAUUUUUACUACACAAGAUGUCAUAUACUUUCCACCUAAAAUUCUGACAACUGUUGGGUCUAACGUUUCUUUUCACUGCAUCUAUAAAAAUGAAAACAAGAUUGUUUCCUCCAAAAAGAUUGUUUGGUGGAUGAAUUUAGCUGAGAAAAUUCCUCAAAGCCAUUAUAAUGUUGUGGGUGACCAUGUUAGUAAAGUUACUUUUCCCAAUGUGAAUGCAACCAAACCUCGAGGAAAGUUCACCUACGACGCAGUGUACUGCUGCAAUGAGCAUGAAUGCCACCAUCGCUAUGCUGAGUUAUAUGUGAUUGAUGUCAAUAUCAAUAUAUCAUGUGAAACUGAUGGGUACUUAACUAAAAUGACUUGCAGAUGGUCAACCAACACAAUCCAAUCACUCGUGGGAAGUACUUUGCAGAUGAGGUAUCAUAGGAGCAGCCUUUACUGUUCUGAUGUUCCAUCUAUUCAUCCCACCUCUGAACCCAAAGAUUGCAAUUUGCAGAGAGAUGGUUUUUACGAAUGCGUAUUUCAGCCAAUCUUUCUGUUUUCCGGCUAUACAAUGUGGAUUAGGAUCAAUCAUUCUUUGGGUUCACUUGCUUCUCCCCCCACGUGUGUUGUUCCUGAUUCUGUAGUGAAACCAUUGCCUCCACCCAGUGUGAAAGCAGAAAUUACUGUAAAAAUUGGAUUAUUGAAAAUAUCUUGGGAAAAACCAAUUUUUCCAGAGAAUAAUCUUCAGUUCCAGAUUCGUUAUGGUUUAAGUGGAAAAGAAGUACAAUGGAAGAUACAUGAGGUGUAUGACGCAAAGUCAAGAUCUGCCAGCCUCCCAGUGCCAGACCUGUGUACCGUCUAUGCUGCUCAGGUGCGCUGUAAGAGGCUGGAUGGACUGGGAUAUUGGAGUAAUUGGAGUAGUCCAGCCUACACAGUCGUCAUGGAUAUAAAAGUUCCUGUCAGAGGACCUGAAUUUUGGAGAAGGAUUGAUGAAAACACUACUAAAAAAGAGAGAAAUGUCACUUUACUUUGGAAGCCCCUGAUGAAAAAUGACUCAUUGUGCAGUGUGAGAAGAUACGUGGUAAAACAUCACACUUCCCGAAAUGGAACAUGGUCAGAAGAUGUGGGAAAUCACACUAAAUUCACUUUCCUGUGGACAGAGCAAGCACAUACUAUUACAGUUCUGGCUGUCAAUUCAAUUGGUGCCUCUCUUGCAAAUUUCAAUUUAACAUUCUCAUGGCCUAUGAGCAAAGUAAAUAUCGUGCAGUCCCUCAGUGCUUAUCCUUUAAACAGUAGUUGUAUGAUUCUUUCAUGGACAUUGUCACCCAGUGAUUACAAUCUGAUGUAUUUUAUUCUUGAGUGGAAAAUUCUUAAUGAAGACAAUGAAAUUAAAUGGCUUAGAAUCCCUUCAUCUGUUAAAAAGUAUUACAUCCAUGAUCAUUUUAUCCCCAUUGAGAAGUAUCAGUUCAGUCUUUAUCCAAUAUUUAAAGAAGGAGUGGGGAAACCGAAGACAAUUAAUAGUUUUACCCAAGAUGAUAUUGAAAAGCGCCAGAAUGACUCAGGUCUAUAUGUACUUGUGCCAAUAAUUAUUUCCUCUUCAACCUUGUUGCUUGGAACAUUGUUAAUAUCACAUCAAAGAAUGAAAAAACUGUUUUGGGAAGAUGUUCCAAAUCCCAAGAAUUGUUCCUGGGCACAAGGACUUAAUUUUCAGAAGAAAAUGGACAUUCUUUGAAGUCUAAUCAUGAUCACUACAGAUGAACCCAGUGUAUCAACUUCCCAACAUCUCAUACUUCUAUAGAGUAUUAUAAGAUUUUUACAUUUGGAAGAAGGGGAGAAAAAUCUAAAAAAAAAAUAAAAAUUUGUUGAACUAUUGAGAACUAAAAUAUGAUGGAUUAUGUUGAUUUAAAACUAAAAAGAGACAAGUAAAUUUGGGGCCAAGAUAUAGGUCUGAGCUCAAUUCAGUUUGGAUAUAUGAUUACUUUUCAAGUCAUCUAAAGUUAAAAAAGUAAUAUUCAUGAUAUCUGGCUUUUGAUUUAUCACUUGGUCAUAAAACAUUAAAAAAUUUUGACUGUUGCUCUUACCACAUAUCUAUUAGAUAUCAUCAAAUAUAUAGUAAACAAUGCUGUAACUGGGUGAAAACUACAACUUCUGACACAUAGCUUUGCAAAUAUAAUGACUCUAAUUACAUAAUGCAGUAAAGGUAUUUAGUUUAUAUUUUUGUGUCCAAAAUUUUCUGUUUUAUAAUCCUUUAUAGACACUUCAGUCUAUAAACUGACCCAUUUGGGUGUUCUUUUGAAUCUCUUGUAGUUUUUAUAGCUAACUUUGCUCAAUCUGGGAAUUUCUAUUUUCAAUAGCCUCAGAAAUGGCUCAAGUGCUAACUUCUAUUUCAUUUCAAAGAAAGCCACAAGUUACAGUCUGUCCUGGUCACAGGCCAAUGGAAAUCAUAGUUCAUAUCAGGAUGCCUUGACAUAUCUAGGUCAAGUUGACCACAUCAGAAAACACAUUGGCCUCCACUUCAACCUCUUUGUGGAAUUCUUGCCUAAAUGUAAUUUAUAUACACUGAGCCUCCCAAAGCUUCUGGCAGGUAGGGAAGUGGACAGUGACGCAACAAGGGAGACUCUUUGGAGCUUUUACAAAUAUUUCAUGAUGAAGUUAGGACUUUUCUUUCUGAAAAAGACCACUUGCUGUUUCUAGGAAUCAGACAUACUAAUUGUGUUGCUCACAUUCAUAACGAACCAAAGCCUUUGUUUGAUGAGCCCAAAUAAUCAAAUUUAGGCUACGUAUGGAUCACUUGUAUUUAGAUUUCAUUCAUAGUUUUAUUUUAAUCUAAAAAAAAAAGAAAAACCACUAAAAAUCAGGAGAAACAUGUCCUUUGCCCCUUCAUUGAUUUUUAAUAGAUGUCAUUGGAAUCUAAAAUCUAAGUGUGAAAUUAGGCAGACAUUCUUUAAUUCCUUCCACCUGACUACAUAUUUAAUGCGUUCCCAGACUGUUCUAAAAUCUCAAAAAUUAGAUAUAAAUAGUAAUUGAAAUGAUUUUUGAUGAAUACACUUUUAAUAAAUGUUUGUGACCCAUUCAUAAAAUAGGCUUCAAUAAUAUAUGUGGGCAUGUGAUUUCUCUUUGAUUAUUAGUGAAGUCUCCCAUCUGAAUGCAUUUGAAGACAUGUAAAUUAUUUGGUAUCAAUAAAUAGUUACCAAUUAUGAAGUUUUAGAGGGCAUGAAAUAUGCCAAAUGUCAUUUGAAGAAGAUAUGUGAGUUUGCAUUCUAUAAAUUUCUAUCAGAAGGAAAACAGUUAUAGGAACAGUUUUUUCUUCAUAUAUAUGUUUAUAGAAUAAGAAAAAAGAUUAUGUUAACAUGGCAUUUGUCACUAUGUAGUAUUUUAAUAUCUAUAUAAGUGUAUUCCACUAUUAUUAGAUUUAAUGUUUGGUAUACUUAUUUUAUGGUUAUAAUCACCAAUAUAUUUCAUUUAAGAAUUCAAAACUAUGCUAAAUGAUUUAUGGUUUUAUAUGGAAUAUGUUUGCCAUUAUGAAGAAUAGCUGGGUAUAUUGUUAUUUCAGGCAAUAAAUCUGAAUUCAUUUUAUUAGUUUAAAAAUUAUAAUAUUCAAAAGUUCAAUUAUGUGAAUGAUAUAUAAAUUGAACACAUUUUCUAUAGCACUUCAUUUAGCAGUUAAUUUUUCAGUGCGAUGUGUCCACAGAAUUCUUUACUUUGCAUUUAUUUUCUCGGUAUGUUUACAUUGUAUGAGUUGAGCAUUUUGCACACAGAUUCUUGAUUUGUAGCUGCUUGACAGGAUUUUUUGUUGUGCUGUAACCACCAUUCUUAUAAAAAAUAUGAUGUGCA